UGAUUAAAGGAUGGAUAAGUCUUGGAUGUUAACCGAUAGAACCAAAAAACCAUAUAUGGAUGGAGUUGCAGCAUUUCUAGAUUAUGCAGUUCGCAAUUUGAAGAUGUCGACGAACAUCGACCAAAAAAAAACUAAACAAAAAACAAAAAUUCCAUGUCCAUGUAUAAAUUGUUUAAACCACUACUCUCUUCCUUUGGAUGAAGUGGAUCAUCACUUGUUCAAUAAGGGAAUUGAUCCAAAUUAUACAAGGUGGAUAAAACAUGGAGAAAAAGAUGAGCCAGUUAAAAAUGUGCUUCAUACAGAGUAUUUUGACACCGAAAUUCCAACAGAUGCCACGGAAACAAUAGAAAUGGUAAAUGCCACAGAAGAUAAUUUCACAGAGGACUAUGUGAAGCUUCAGGAACUACUUGUUGAUGCUGAGAAGCCCCUUUAUAAAGGAUGUCCUAACUUCACAAAGUUGUCCGCACUAGUUCAACUAGUCAACUUGAAGAGUAAGCAUGGAGUCUCAGAUAAGUGCUUUACUGAACUUCUAGUUUUGUUGAAAAAGAUGCUACCUGAAGGUAACGAAAUGGUUAACAAUACAUAUGAGGCAAAAAAGACAAUGAAGGCAAUGGGUUCAGGAUAUACAAGGAUACAUGUAUGCAUCAACGACUGCAUUCUUUACAGGAAGGAGUACAAAGACUUGGUUGUAUGUCCAACUUGUGGGAAGUCAAGGUGGAAGGUGGAUGAGAACACUAAAAAAAUGUAUGAAAAUAUUCCUGCAAAGGUAAUGUGGUACUUUCCCAUAAUACCACGAUUGAAACGACUCUUUCAAGCUAAGAGUAUAGCAAAAGAUUUAUUAUGGCACGCCACCAGUUCCAAAAAACCCGGUGUUUUACGCCACCCAUCAGAUUCACCUGCAUGGCAAGCCAUAGAUAACCAAUUUCCCGAAAUUGCUGACGAUCCAAGAAAUCUUCGGCUUGGCAUUUCCACAGAUGGGGUUGACGUAAAUAGAGGUAAUAGAAAUCAUAGUGUUUGGCCGGUUUUAGCUGUCAUUUACAACCUUCCGCCUUGGUUGUGUAUGAAAAGAAGGUUUAUCAUGCUUUCGGUACUAAUAUCGGGAACGCCUGGAAACGAUAUUGAUGUGUUUUUGGAUCCUUUGAUUGAUGAUCUACAACUCUUAUUUGAAGAAGGAGUUGAAACAUAUGACGCCUAUGCACAAGAAAAAUUUAUUCUACGUGCAGUUGUUUUAUGGACGAUUAAUGAUUACCCUGCUCUUGGUACACUAUGUGGCUGCCCUUAUAGUGGAUUCCAUGGUUGUGUAGUGUGUCGAAAAGAAACUCAAUGUUGUAGACUUCCUUUCUCAUCCAAGCAGAGUUAUGCUGGUCACAGAAGAUAUCUACCAUAUAACCAUCCUUUCAGAAAGCAAACGAAGGCGUUCAAUGGAAAACAAGAAUGGGGAACUACUGCAAAUCCUAUGACCGGGGAAGAAAUAUUCAACGAGGUUAAAUACGUUAAGAAUAUAUGGGGGAAAGGAUUUAAGGAUAAAGUGUCAGGAAUCCUAGAAACUUCUACUGGAAGAGGGGGGAAGACAAUUAAAAGAAAAAGGAACACAUCAAAAGAGGGUGAUAGUUCAAAUUCCGGAUAUAAAGAACCGACCUAUUGGAAGAAAUUCAACAUAUGGUAUCGACGACUUAGGUAUUGGCGGUAUAAUUGUGUCCAACAUUGUAUUGAUUUCAUGCACAUUGAAAAGAAUGUGGCUGAGAGUAUUGUCGGAACAUUGCUAAACGUUCCAGGAAAGACGAAAGAUGGAUUGAAUGCUCGAUUGGAUCUGGCGCAUUUUGGGUUAAAACAAGAGUUGCAGGCUAAAACACAAGGCAACAAAACAAUACUUCCUGCAGCAUGUUACACAUUAACGAAAGAUGAAAAAGACAAGUUUUGUGAAACAUUAUACAGCUUAAGGGUUCCACAAGGGUAUUGUUCUAAUUUUUCUAGUUUGGUUAAUCGAAAGGAUAGGAAACUUGUGGGACUUAAAUCCCAUGAUUAUCAUAUGCUUAUGCAACAGUUUUUGCCCAUUGCAAUACGGUCUAUCAUGCCGGAACCCACAAGAUAUGCUAUUAUCAGGUUUUGCUUUUUUUUCAAAUCAAUAUGUAGCAAAGAAAUCAAGGUAGAAGAACUAGAUAAGUUGCAAGAAGAGCUUUGUGUGACACUGUGUCUGCUCGAGAAAUAUUUUCCCCCAUCCUUUUUCGAUAUUAUGAUUCAUUUAACUGUGCACCUUACUAGGGAGGUAAAAUUAUGCGGGCCAAUAUGCUUUCGGUGGAUGUAUCCCUUUGAAAGGUGCAUGAAGGUUAUUAAAGGGCAUGUGCGAAACAAAACUUAUCCAGAAGGAUGCAUUGCUGAGGAGAAUAUUGCAGAAGAAACAAUUGAGUUUUUCAGCGAAUACCAAAAAAACAUGAAGACUAUUGGCAUUCCACCAUAUAAGUAUAAGACAUCUGAAAAUGAUAACGGGGAAGGAAAUCCUUUGUCAGCCGGUAAACCAGUUCUAGUUUCUCCGGAACUCUCAUUGAAAGCACAUUUCUAUGUAUUGCAAAAUACGCCCGAAAUUGUGCCUUAUAUUGAACAACACAUGACCUUUUUGAAAAACCGACAUGGUGGUAAACCACAAGCGUGGCUGGAGAAAGAGCAUAACACAACGUUUGGUCACUGGUUACGUAACAAGGUAAUUUAAAUUUUAGCAUAAUAUUAGUUU